CUCGCGUAGGCCUCUGGUAGCCUGCCUGCCUGCUCAUUGUUGCCGUCGAAAAGAAAGUGAAACUUCUCGAGACGACCUCACACCCACCACCGCCCUCUGGUCGACGUCAACCAUGGGCAAGCGGUCACAGCGGGCAUAGCGGCCAACCCGUCCGUUUGGCACCAGCGUCGAACAACUCAUUACACGGAGUCCCGGGCGCAGCGGUACAAUGGCCGAGGAGCAGCAGCAGCCGCUCGCUCCGCCAGCCGUGGCCGCGCUGAGGGAGGAUGGGUCAAGAGGCGGCGUAAACGCCAAGGGCAUAAUGUCGAGGACAAUUAGUAUGGACAUUCGAGAGGAACGCGAAGACUUGAAGAGGGCUGCCGAGCAGUCUCUGAACGCCAUACUCGAACUGGAUCUUGACGGCAGGGUGCGAUGGGUGAGUCCUUCCUGGCAGGAAGUCACCGGCAGUGCUGCCAGCACAAUCAUUGGCAAGCUGGUCUCUGAAGUGGUGGUUGACGAUCCGAGCGUGUUCGCGGGUUGCGUGGAAGCUAUGCGCAAGGACGAUUCCAAGAGCCACUUCAUUCGGUUUACCGUGCACCCAUCGCCUUCCGCGGAUGGUGAAGAUGUUCCGUCUGGCGAUGAGAAGACUCCAGUGGAGCCAAGAGCCGGCCUCGACUCCAUGCCAGGCACCAAAAAUGACAUCUCGGAAGAACAUGAGGAAACUAUCGAGCUCGAGGCACAAGGAAUCAUGGUCUAUGACAGAACGACCGGCGAGGAGAGUCACACGAUGUGGAUGGUCAAGCCAGCCGUUUCACGAGAAGUCACCAUAGACUUACCUCAGGUGCUGGUCGAUUCACUUGGGAUCGGAGCUGAGAUGCUGGCCAACUACCUUACUCUGCUGGCGGAUGUAGGUGUGCACGACCCUGCCAAUCAUCCGCCGCCAUUGCCUGUGUUGUGCAGAAUCUGUGAGCGUCAAAUCACUCCUUGGUGGUUUGAGAAGCAUACCGAGCUGUGCUCGCAAGAGCAUCGCGCGGAAAUGGAGGUUCAGAUGGCGCAAGAGUCGCUCAACGAACAGCGAUCAGCCAUCGUGAAGGUCCUUGACGCAAUGGAAGCUCAGAGUCGACUAGCGCAACCGAUCGGACUGGAACCCACCUCGCCAUCUGCUCCUCCAAAAGCUGAAUACAAAGGCUUGCCCAUUGGUCACAGCUCUUCGCCCUCCUCGGGACCAUCUUCUGGGCGUGCCUCUCCUGCACAGGUUGGGCGCUCUCGUGAGUCAUCUGCCAGUGGACUAAGUCACCAUCGGGCGAGAUCUUUCGCUGUUCGAAGACCUUUGGCUCGUAUUGUGGAGCUGGUGCUUGACAUCUGUGACACUGCGAUGGAGAUCAGUACACCAGCCAUCAAAGACACCAAAGGCUAUGCUACUGGAGAAUUCCGCACUCAAUCUCCGCAGUCAGAGAGCCGUAUACAACAAGUCUUGCAGACACCCUCACCAAGCGCCGGGCUCUCCGACCAUGAACAGGGAUUGGCUUUGCUAUGCGACGAUACCCACCGAUUGGCAAGAGCCAAGGUAGAAGCGGUAUUCCGGCAUCGGCGCAUCCUGGAGUAUUCCGAACGCAUUCGAGUGGAGUACGAUAUUCUGGUGCAGGAGUGCAUCGAGGCUGCGCUACAGAAGGCAGCACGAGUUGCUGCUGGCGAGCUCAGCGAUUCAAGUAGCAGUGAAGGCGAAAAUGGCAAUGCUUCGGAACCAGAGCGGGGCAUGGAGUCAUCGUUUGAGAUGGUUGGCGAUGCUCUGGACCACUCAAUGGCAGAUGAGAUGUUCAGCAUGAGUUCGUACAAAAGCCCCGCAGGUCACUCUGCCAUGGCCAUGGCACUACGAAACUCUUCGGAUGACGCUCUCAGGCGCCGGGCAUCAUCUUUGAAUUCGUCUCGCGCAAGCAGCCCACGCGCGGGAGCAACAACGCCGAGAUCUUCAUACGCUGGGCCUACAGAUCCUUUUCCCAUGCACAAACGCAGCUCCGUUGCAUUGGAAAGUGAUACAGGGGGCGACAGCGACAGCAGUAUGCGAUCAUCAGUCGCUAGUGGUAGCCAUAAGCGUACGCAGUCACCAAGCGCUGAGCUCAGUCUGAGCCGUGUGGCGAGCACGCGAUCUCGCGACCGUAAGCGUCACAGUCUGAUAUUGCCGAGCUUGCAAAAUGCUGGCGGUCAUUCCCCAGCACGAGCACCGCCGCCACCCUCCUCUCCACUCCGUAUGGCGAAGCCGAGACUUCCCAGCGGAGCGGACGGCUUGCCAUCGCCAAUCACUUCGCCGGUUCUUGCGCACAGCGAGUUCAACUCCCCUGUCAUCAGAGCACACCAUCAUCAUCACCACAGACGCCAGUCUUCAGCAGCAAUGUCCGAGUCCUUUGGUCGUCCUGCAUCUCCUCGGCUUAGUGCUGUGAUGUCGAAUCCGCAACCUCGUGCCAUACAGACUUCUAUCAAAGACUUUGAAAUCAUCAAGCCGAUCAGCAAAGGCGCGUUCGGUAGCGUGUAUCUAUCGAAGAAGAAGUCAACUGGCGACUACUUCGCGAUCAAGGUCCUCAAGAAGGCGGACAUGGUAGCCAAGAAUCAAGUCACCAACGUGAAGGCGGAACGUGCCAUCAUGAUGUGGCAAGGUGAAAGUGACUUUGUGGCCAAGCUCUACUGGACAUUUUCAAGCAAAGACUACCUCUACCUGGUGAUGGAGUAUCUCAACGGUGGCGAUUGCGCUUCUCUCAUUAAAGUACUCGGAGCUUUGCCAGAGGAUUGGACGAAGAAAUACAUUGGCGAGGUUGUCCUCUGUGUACAGCACUUGCACAGCCGGCAGAUAGUGCAUCGAGAUUUGAAACCGGACAAUCUCCUCAUCGAUGCGAAAGGUCAUCUGAAGCUAACCGACUUUGGUCUCUCUCGCAUGGGACUCAUUGGACGACAGAAACGUGCCAUCAACGCGAAGCCGGGAGAUGCACCACCAGACCUGCUCAAGGCAGGUCCAUUCCGUCGUGCGCCUUCCGUCACCUCGUCGCGCUCAACUUCGCUCGACUAUCAAGGUGCCCAGCACUCACCAGUGCAAACACCGGCGACGACGCCAGCCAUCUGCCAUGACCACAAUCAACCGUCAUACUUCAGUCUCUAUCGUGAAGGCUCUCGAGAGCCCUCGCGCCGCACGUCGGGCCAACGUAGCGACAGCGGCGACAGCGAGGCGUUGUCUGCAAUGUUCCGGAGGUUUUCUGUGGCAGAUGGGCGUACACCAAUCGAGGAAGAGACAGCGAGUGAUGAGGGAGGAAGCGAGUCGCCGGAUCCGUAUGCGCUACAACCCGUUGCGAGCAACUCCAGCUCAAGCAUGCCGAGGAAUGACACGCCUCCACACCAGCCCCCAUCAACGCAGAUGCCACCGCCUAUGAUGGCUUUAUUUGAUCCGGAAGAUAGCGAUCGAAGAUUCGUUGGCACUCCUGAUUACCUUGCGCCCGAGACUAUCAGCGGUGCUGGUCAAGACGAGAUGAGCGAUUGGUGGUCCCUGGGAUGUAUCUUGUUCGAGUGCCUAUAUGGCAGGCCACCGUUCAACGCCGACACGCCCGAGGAGGUAUUUCAGAACAUUCUGACGCGCAACAUCCGCUGGCCUCCUGAGGACGAGGACGAUCCAGUAUCGGAGAACGCGAAGGACCUCAUGAACAAGUUGAUGUGUGUUGAUCCCAAAGAGCGUCUGGGGUCUAACAAGGACGAGAAGUACGCCAGCGGUGGCGACGAGAUCAAAGCUCAUCCUUGGUUCGCUGAGAUCCAUUGGGAUACCCUUCGCGAGGAUGAAGCCUCUUUCAUCCCCAUGAGCGAGAAUCCUGAAGACACGGAGUACUUUGACGCGCGAGGCGCCACAAUGCAAAACUUUGCAGCCGAGUUCGAGGAUCAGGCAACAUCACCAUCCCAAACACCGGGUGCGGACUAUCCGGAUCGACCGCACGACGCGUUAUCAAGAGUCAGAAACCAAGUCAACUCCGCGAAGCGCAACCUGAUGCCCUUACACAUACCACCACACGUACGAGAUGCGCGCUCCAGGAGACUCAGCGAACCAGUUGUCCAAGACGAUUUUGGCAAUUUUCAAUUCAAGAACCUGCCAGUUCUCGAGAAGGCCAAUAAGGACGUGAUACAGAAACUGCGCGCAGACGCCAUGCAGGCUCAGGCAAAGACCGCCAGUGCUGCUCCUUCCACCAACUCGUCAGCUGUGGUCUCGCCGUCUCCUGGCCCCGGGCUGGAUUCUAGUCCUAUCGCUCCUGCGCCUCUCAAACGAACACUUUCUGCCAACAAAAACGCGCAUCGACCGAAUAGCACAUCGGCACUCAAUCAGGCCAACCCAUCGCCCAGCCGCGGAUCACAACCAUCCUCGCCCCUUCUCGUGUCAUUCUCUGCAGGCCAGACUCAAGAACGACGCAAAACCUCGAGUGGUUCUUCGAGCUUGUCGCAACAGGCUGGCCCCUCACUGCAGCCAGGCCAUGUGCUUGACCAGGCUCCACGAUUACCUGUCACAUUCAAGGCUAACUCAUCGGCGCCUUCGCCAAUCAAGGGUGGCAAGACGAACUCCGUUCAUCUGCCGAUGCAGCAUGAUCGCGCAACACUGGGUCACAGACAUCCCAGUAUCUCAUCACCAAGGCCGAGGUCCCACACGCUAGGCUCGCAGGACCAGGACGGCGGUCUUGUGCCAGAGAUUUUACCAGCUCACCACCACAAACGGAGAAGUGGCGUCUUCGAUGUAUCUCCGUCAUCUUCUGAUAACGAAGAAACUCGAGCAAAGGCGUUACUCCGCGUCCAGCGCCGGAGGCAGAGCUCACGUCGGCUUUCACAAAUCAGCCUUGCAGAUGGCCCAUCGUUCCGUACUCUGGACGUACUUGUUUGCGAGGAUCACCCAGUGUCAAGACUAGUCAUGGAGCGCCUGCUGGAGAAAUUGCGUUGUCGUACAAUUGCAGUGACGAACGGCUCCGAAGCCAUGCGAUAUGCCAUGAGCGAAGUCAAGUUUGAUAUCAUCAUGAUGGAGUAUAAGCUUCCACAGGUUAACGGAGCGGACGUGGCUCGCAUGAUCCGCGAUACCAAGAACGCAAACUCACACACACCCAUCGUUGCUGUCACAGGCUACCUUAAAGAGCUCCAUGCACCGCACUCGUUCGAUGCUCUGGUGGAGAAGCCACCCACGAAGGAGAAGCUGGAAGAGGUUAUGGGUAGAUUGUGUCAAUGGAAGACGCCACCCGAAGGCUGGAAGCCAAGUGCCCCCCAAGCAAUUCCGCCUAGCAUCAAGCGCCAUGAGGCUCUGCCGAGCGACAACAGCCCCACAACUACAGCUUCCUCUGGGUUCACCGGGUUUAAUAGCAUUUUCAGCGGAACGCGAGAGAACUCGAUCGGAUCUAGCUCUUUGGGGGAACCGGACGACCUUCCCAGCAUUCCACUCAUAAUAUCGCGCCAACCGACGACUGAACUAGACCAGAGUGAGUUGGAACGCAAUUUUGGCGGACUUGGCAUAUCCCACGGCAUUAGAGUGGAUGAUCAACAUAGGCGGCUUUCAACAGCCAAUUCAGACCAUCAAAUGUCACCGCCUGCCGCGCUCGAAAGUGCAGAUGCGCCUGCUCCUCGCAAGUCCCCUUCGUACGAAGCUAUAGCUGCCAAGCGAAAAUCGUUGGAAAAAGUACGACACGAAUCUGCAGCUGAAAGUGGUGAUGAUGAAGACGAAGAGCUUGGAAAUGUACAGAUUCGCCAGCGAUCUCCCAAACGGAAUGUCAAACGCACAUCGAAGCUCGGCACAGAGAUGAUGCGUACAAAUAGCCAAGGCAGUGUGGUCUCGGCUGACGAUCACCCCUUGUCUACUAGUUCUCCCUCGACAGUUCUCGAGAAGACUAUCGUGGAAGAGCCAUCAGCGUCUCUGACACCUCCCUUUGUGUUCUCGCCCAGACCAGGAGAUCACGUUGAGACGAUCGAUAUGGCUGCUGUCGACGCUCAGUCGAAUCCAUGACGUGUACACGAAUUGGAUCCUAACACUAUCGCCGACGCCACUACAGCCGCCGUGACGUGUUCCACCGACAUGAACUGAGAGAUUCAGAUCACGAGACAGUGCUUGACAUGUGCACUGUGUCCAUUUCCUAUGUUCUGUAUUGAUUCACGACCAUAUCUUCCGCACAUUUUUCAGCGAAGGCGCUAGCUAGCAAGGUGUUGGAGGCGUUAUCUUGCUCGAAAUUGACAGGCAAUCAGAGUGUAUUUUUUUUCCUUCUAGCUUGUGUCGGCCACAAAUUGACAAUGGUCUUACCAACAGGGGGCAUUUGAAACAAAAAAUUGACGGGCUAUGCAGAGCGCAAAAAGCUGAAGAUCACGCGAGUAAAAGUAUAUAUCAGGCAACCAGAAUAUUGUACCACACAACUUCUAGUAGUUUCAUCUAUGGACUUGCCACAG